UCAGAUUUUCCGUGACAUAGGAGACUCUAAAGCCUAGCGCUGCGAUGUUUCACCUUGUUUAUAGAAGCGCGAUGCAAACCUUGCUGGUACCCGGCAUGCGAUGGCUUGAGCCAACACGAUACACCCGCUAGCAAGAUCGGCAUAAAUAUAAAGACUAACAUAUCUCAGAGCCCUUGUCUCACAACUUGAGUUUCUGAUUUCUCAAUUCGCUCAUCUCAACGUUCACGAUAUGAGUCCGACAACCUCCCUGUCUCCUACUGCAACCUGCACUGACACUUGUUCUGGCACAGAGCCCGCAGAGUUCAUCAUACCUGACUUCUUCACCAAUUGCCGCUACCCCAUCCGACUGAACCCUCACUGUGACCCGGUAUCUCGCGCCUGUGGACAAUGGCUCUGUAGUCAAGCUCAUCUAGUAGAGCCCGAGGCUACCAAAUAUACUACGAUCUUGCGUCCAGGUUACUUCGCUUCAUCAUGUUACCCUGAUGCGGAUGCUUUCCAUCUCAGAGUCUGUGCGGACUUUCUGGCCUGGUCGUUCAAAAUGGACGAUUGGCUCGAGGCCGAGAAGUCCGAUGUUAAUGAUGCGUGGGGAGUACGUGACUGCUGCAUGUCUGCGUUCCGCGAUCCCGUCAACUUCCAGACGGAAAGAUUUAGUGGAAUUUUGUGCAAAUCAUACUUCAGUCGCUUUAAGGAGACUGGCGGCCCUGGCUGCACAAGGCGCUUUAUUCAUACCAUGGACUUGUGGUUCAUCUCUGCGGCAAAGGAGGUAGACAACCUCGCCAAGGGAUACAUCUAUGAUGUUGAAUCUUACAUCGAAUUGAGGCGCGACUUGAGCGGCUGCAAGGCUUGCUUUGCCUUUAUCGAAUUUGUCAGUCGGAUUGAUCUUCCAGACGAAGUAGUCUCGCACCCGGUCAUCAUGGCCCUGGAGGAGGCUACCAAUGACUUCGUUUCUUGGUCAAAUGAUAUUUUCUCCUAUAACAAGGAGCAAUCUCACCAUAACCCACAUAAUUUGGUUGCUGUUCUCAUGGUCCAUCAAGGUCUCGACCUGCAAGGUGCUGUUGACCACUGCGGCCAGCUGUGCAAUAUCUCCCUUCAACGCUUCGAAGAAAACCGUGCUAUUCUCCCCUCGUGGGGAGAAGAAAUUGACAAGGAUGUGGCUAUCUACGUCGAAGGACUGCAGAAUUGGAUUACCGGUCCGCUGCAGUGGUCCUUCGAGGGCGCCCGUUAUUUCGGGAAGGACGCGCAUAUUGUCAAGCGGGACAGAAUCGUCAAGUUAAUUCCCAAGCAACCGUUGUGAAAUCCACAGCUAUUGCUCUAUGUGAGACUAUUUUCGCUUCUUGCCUAUAUUGCACGAUUCUCAUUGCAAUGGCUACCAUUAUAGCAAGUCACAUCAUUAUCCAUGUCUUCCUAUGUUUGAAGCU